CACGCUCCAGCUCGUGACAGACAGUCAGGCACAAGUGAGUAUCACUAGACUAUUGACCAUUUUAUGAAGCGAAUACAUCGAAUUAACUGUCGAAGCAGUCUACUUGGUAGCGGACGUUUGCUUGAAUGACACGCGAUCAAACUAACUUUUCCUCAGAGAAGACUUGACCCGAUGCCAGAGAGAUUCCUUAGCAUCCAUCUCACCUCUCUUUCUGCAACAUCCACCUCUCUCAUACGGAUUGCCUGAGCCUCUGUCGCCCCAUGGAGAUAGCUGUAGAUGGCUGAGCAGCUCGUCACAGGCUGGUUUCGGAUUGUUGCCGGCUCCUUGGAGAUAGAGGAAUGCAAAUCUGCAAUCAUGAUGGAAGGAUUGAAAAAGCGUACCAGGAAGGCCUUCGGGAUACGGAAGAAAGAGAAAGACAAUGACUCCACGGGGUCACCAGACAGAGAUCCACAGAAAAAGACCAACGGGGCGCCUAACGGCUUCUGUGGGGAAAUCGACUGGGAGCGAUAUAACUCCCCUGAGGUGGACGCUGAAGGUUACAGCCUCAGGCCUGAAGAUGAAGCUGAACCGUCCCCUAAAGUCAAGACAACACAUUUCUUCUCGUCGAGCGAGUCGGAGGGAGAGGAAGAUCAUCGACCAAAGUUCAAGAUCAAGAUCAAGCCGCUGGCGGCAGACAAAGCCGAAUAUGCGGCCCCCUCGGUAGAUGAACUAAAAGCCUCCAUAGGCAACAUAGCUCUGUCUCCCUCUCCUAUGAGACGUAGCCCGGGUCUAUUGAAAAGAAAUACAUCUAGUGAGGAAAUUGCCAGACCAAGACGUGCUGUUCCCACGGUGACGCCUGCCCCAGCUGCUGCCCCAGAGGCCACCCCCUCCUCAUCUCCUGCCCCCAUACCUCCCCCAGAGCCACCCAGCAGCAAGAGACCUUCAGUACCAGAGGAUGCUACAGCCUUAUUUGGGCCUCCACUGGACACAGCCUUUGAUGAAAUCAAAACGGAAGCACCACCUCCACUCCCUCCCAAGAAUGUGCCGACCUCCCCCCCUCCGUGUGGCUCUCCCCCAGCUGACGCUACCGAUGUGUCGAGAGAGGAGGACGAGGGGUCCCGGAAGCCCUCCAUUGCAGAUCUAGACAACAUCUUCGGCCCAGAAGAUGGCUCUCAGUCCGGGGACGAGGUCGCAGACAAGUGGGUCUGUUUCAGCGAGGAGUCGCCCAACCUGCCUCCUCCGCCUGAGGAGCCUGCGCCUCCUCUCCCCAAAUCCCCACCUCCCCCUGAUGAGCCGGCUCCGCCCUUACCCACCUCCCCUCCGCCUGCCUCAGACCCCAGUCCUCCACCCCUGCCCAUAUCCCCUCCCCCAGCAGAGGAGCCCUGUCCACUGUCACCUCCACCUGUCCAAUCACCUCCCAAGGAGACUGCUCCUCCCCUCCCCCCAGCUCAAACCCCGCCUAAAGACACUGCUCCUGCUGCAGUCCCACCCCCACCGGAGGACCCUGCGCCUCCUCCUCCGCCUCCUGAGGACCUAGUCCCUCUCUCCUCUCCUUCUCCUCCUCCUCCUACUCCCCCUCCAUCUGCAGAAUCUCCACCCUUAAAAUCCCCCCCUGGCCCUCCGCCGGACCCUUUUCUGGAGGCGGGGUCGGACUCGGCCACGAGCCCCCCGGACACGGCUGCGCGCACCAUCCCCCCGCCCCUGGUGCUGAGCCAGGAGGAGCUCCAGAGCCCGGAGGGGACCCAGCCGAGAGACGACCUGACGGAGACGAGCGCUUCGCCCAAAGACGCCGGCCAGGCCAGCCGUGCCACCCCUCCCCCGCCCCCACCCCCCACAUACAGGGCCGUGGUGUCGUCCCCUGGGCCCUGCCCUCCCGCUGGAGGCUCCGGCAGUGGUUCCUCCUCUCCUGCCCGUCCUGCCACACCGUCGGGCACCACCAGUAGCCCCACACCGCCCCCUCCCCCUCCGCGCCCCCCUUCACGUCCCAAACUGCCCCCAGGGAAGCCCAGCGUGGGUGAUGUGAAUCGCCCAUUCAGUCCCCCUAUACACUCCUCGAGCCCCCCACCCAUGGCCCCUUUGGCACGGGCCGAGAGCACCUCCUCCAUCUCCUCCACCAACUCGCUGAGUGCCGCCACCACCCCAACCGUCGGUAAAGAGCUCUCCGUGUCUGUGUCAGAAGAUGACGCUUAUGUAGACAAACUGCCCAGCUUUGAGAGGCGUGGGGACCUGCCGGCAGAGAAUGACCAGCCCUCCCUCGUAUGGUUUGACAGAGGCAAGUUUUAUUUGACCUUUGAAGGCUGCUCUCGAGGGCCUAGUCCACUCACUAUGGGAGCCCAGGACACUCUGCCGGUGGCGGCGGCCUUCACCGAAACGGUCAACGCGUACUUCAAAGGGGCCGACCCCAGCAAGUGCGUGGUGAAGAUCACAGGAGAGAUGGUGCUGUCCUUCCCGGCAGGGAUCACCCGGCACUUUGCCAACAACCCCGCACCUGCCGUGCUCACCUUCAGCAUCAGCAACUACAACCGACUGGAGCACGUCCUCCCCAACCCCCAGCUUCUGUGCUGUGACACCACGCAGUCCAAUUCCAACUCAAAGGAGUUCUGGGUGAACAUGCCAAACCUGAUGACGCACCUGAAGAAGGUGGCCGAGCAGAAGCCACAGGCCACCUACUACAACGUGGACAUGCUGAAGUACCAGGUGUCGGCGCAAGGUCUCCAGUCGACUCCUUUGAGCUUGGCCUCCAACUGGCGCUGUGAGCCCACCAGCACAGACCUCCGAAUAGACUACAAAUACAACGGAGACGCCAUGACAACGGCCGUCGCCCUCAACAACGUCCAGUUCCUCAUCCCCGUGGACGGAGGCGUCAGCAAGCUGCAAGCAGUGCUUCCACCAGCUGCCUGGAAUGCCGAGCAGCAGAGAAUCCUGUGGAAGAUUCCAGAUAUUUCUCUCAAGUCUGAGAAUGGAGGUGUGGGGUCCCUGUUGGCCAGGUUCCAGUUGACCGAGGGUCCUAGUAAGCCAGCUCCACUGGCUGUGCAGUUCACUAGUGAGGGCAGCAACCUGUCUGGCUGCGACAUCAAGCUUGUGGGUCCUGGCUACCGCUUCUCCCUCAUCAAGAAGAGGUUUGCUGCAGGAAAAUAUUUGGCUGAGUAAUCAACACUACUGAUCUAGACAAUGGAGAUUCACUUCUCUGGACUGAAUAAGUAAAAAAAAGAAAACAGGAAGAAAAAUGACAAGGAAAAAAAACACACAAGGACAGACUAACAUACCAACUCCCUACACUGUAAGAAACUCCCUUUCUAUACAUACAAGAAACUGGACAGUUCUAUGGUGUUGUAUAACUUGCAUAUAGAAUUGUUGGCCGUUUUAGGGUGUACUACUUCUUGUAUUUGUAAACUGUAUUAAUUUCCAAACAUCCAUAUUGCAGCAGUUAGACCCUCUCUGGUUUACCCUCCUUUGCAGUUAGACUCUGUGUUCUGUCAGACGUGUAGUGUUUCUCCAACCCUCUUACUGUGGCUGCCUGACAACUCAACAUGAAUCAGCAAGCUGGACAUACAGCCAGUGAGUGUCCAUUCAGUUGUAGAGACCUGCAGUUUGCAAGACUUUAUUUUUGGUUCAUCACUGUGACGAUAAUCAUCCAGUAAUAUGUGACUGCAAGGAAUCAGAUUGGUGGCGUCACUAUCCAGCAAAGAAAAGAGUUGCUCUGCUAAUAGUUAGCAUCUCAUACAGUCAAUACAGUCAAUACAGUCUCAAAUGCAAUCGGCAACAGGCUGAAUAGCUUUUCUCACAUGUUCUGGACAGUAGUAUAUGACACAUUUUUGUUUCAUUAAUAACUAAUUGAUACAUAUUUAUAUUUAAGGGACAGAUUUUCUGAUUUCAUUGAGGAGAUAACGAUUUGAUCCAGAGCUGAUGGUGUAAUCCGUUGUUUGUGUUUCCACAAUGGCAUAGAGAUUUAAUUGAAUCAUUUCUGUUUGUUGUUAGUUUGUUUUCAUGGUUAGCUGAACUGAACUGAGUACUCAGGCAGCUACAGUUAUGAACAAAGUCCUGCUUGCAAUAUUUACAAAAGAAAAAACAUUUUCCCAUGAAAAAGUUCAAGUGUCAUUUUAAAUUGAUAAUGUAUAUCUUAAAGGGCGUUUGGUGUUUUUGUUGUAUUGUUAAAUAGCCUUUCUGUUGUUCUUGAAACAGCAGUGUUAGACUUCAGAGUACAUGACAGCAUUCUAUUUUUAUUUAUUGACAAUUCUAAUUUGUUGUAAAAAAAUAAAUAUGUGAACUGUAUAUGAAUAGACUUUGAAUGGUAUCAGGAUUUAGGGUCCUUAAAGUUAUAAAUAACUGAUUUUUUGUUAUCUGUGUAGUUGGGUAAACUGUGUACAGUGUAAUGCUGAGCUAUAAUUUUUAACUUUAUUUCAGAUAUAAUUUUUUAACUCAAGUGCAACAGAAGAUUUGAGCUAUAUAAAUAUAUAUAAAAAAUAAAUAUAUAUGGGUGGGGGUUAAAAAAAAAAAAACACAAGGAAGAAAAAAAAAACAUGAUCUACCUGAACGAAUCAUGCUUUUUGAAAGCAGUGUUACAUCCAGUAGAAGUGCACUGUAAGAAAUGACGAGGAUUGUCUGCUGUUUGACAUGGCGAGCGCUUUCACCAUCCACGCCACGCUGACGUGUUUGUCCCCAGCUCCCCCCCCCCUCCCUGUGCAUUCUAUCCAUCAGCUGGAGCAUGAGCCCCGAUCAAAAACCCACCCCGUGCUUGAACCCAUGGCUUUACUUUGCAUACAGUAAUGGUCUCUGUGAGAUGACAAGAGUAAGGUUUGGGGGGUUUAGAUGACCAAAUUUUGUUUUUGUUUUUGUUUUGUAUUUAAUGUUAUGUGUGUAUUCUGGGGGAAAAGCCUGUGAAAUGAAUUUCAGUUUGAGUAUUUUUAAAAAAUGUUAAAAUGACAAAGAGAAAAGGAAUAUUGUUUUAUGUGCGAACAAAAUAUUCCACUGUGCUACUGUUGAUCUUCCCAGUUGCUCUGCUAUUUCAUACUGAGAACAAACAUCAGUGUCAUUUACUUUUGGAAGUCUGCUGCAGACGUGACGACGGUUUAAAAAAGAACAUGGUGCUUCAUGAUGCUACAUGGCAACCUUCAUAGGCUAAAAGUGGAAACAGUCAAAACAGAGUAUGACAUCGCUACUCAUUUACAUAUUCCCUGACCCUCCUGUGUUGUUUGGUCUCUCCAAAACUAGUGCUAAUCAUAUAAUUCAAAGAAGACCUAAUGUGUGGUUUGUACCUAUGAAUGGUGUUAUGCAGUUCUAUGUGGCUGAAGCUAUGUAUGUCUACACUGUCCCAAAGUGAAAUGUUUCCCUGAUGAGUUGAAGAAGAAUAGAGCUUUAUGUUGAGUCGGGGGGUGAGAGGAAGUGUGCGUGUGUGUGUUGGCGUGUGUGUGCGUGCGUGCAUGUGUGUGCGUGUGUGGGUGUGUGUGUGUGUGUGCGUGCGUGCGUUUGUGUGUGUGUGUGUAUGUGCGUUCAGGUGGGUUGUGGUGGGUUCGGGUUUGUGCUGUAACAGACUGCUGUAGACCUGUUUCCAUCUCUUCCCAGCAAAAUGUGCUGUGUUUGUAUAAACCAUGUGAACGAUGAACAGAGAUAUAGUUUGCUCUUCCCAAACCAAUAAAAGUUCUGAGCUGGACACACACUUGGUGCACUCAUUUUGCACACACACAUACAUCCUGUCAUUUUGGACAUUCGUUCUGUGUUAUGGUCAUGCCUGGAAUGAUUUAGUACCCAUUGCUUUUUUUGUACAUAAAACUGAAUUCACCAUUUUCAAUAACAAUCUCUAGGAUUCCCAUGCGGCUUGGCUAAUCUUACAGUACAAAUGAAAAACCCAUCAGCCAUUUGCACUUAGAGCAAUUUGAAUAUUUAUCUUUCGAAUUUCUUAUAACAAAAGACAAAAGUGGCCAUUUGGGUUCUGUAAACAAUUGGAGUGCUUUUGAAUACUCAGUUGACACAGUUUGCUCUGCUUCUAAACACCUACAGGUGUUUCUGCAGUCAACAUGGUUACCGAACAAAUGCUAUAAUCCAUUAAUAUGCCUUGACUUCAUUUAUAGUCAGAAUAGCUGCUACACACAGCAUAAAGUUCUCUGUUCCCUUCUCCAUGCUAGUCACCAUAUCCAUAGCACAGAUACUAAAUAUGCAAACGUUUCAUGCAAUGCAUUUGAAUGUCCCAUUUUCUUUUUUCUUUUCUUUUCUUUUUUAAAAAAGAUAAUGCAAAAUGACCCCUACUCAUUGCUGUUCUUGAAGAUGUUAUGUGAAUUUUCUUGGUAAUAAAGUAAGGAAUACAAAAUUCA